AUGCGUUUGCUGCACCACCCCAGCCUCCACCUUUCUCACGCCGGACGACAUUUACGUCCGCUGCUCGCUUCAUCUUUCUAUUCUAAACCGUUUAUCCGUGCAACCGAAAAGCUGGAGCUGCCAUCGAUCUCGCAGGUCCAUACCCGCGGUCCUGCUGACAUCCCCUGGUACAACCAUCACGCGGCCGAACGACCGUUAUUGCCCGGCGACAAACUCCCCGCCCUCAGCCUACCGACAGCCACCCAGGGCCUCUCCCGGACCGCCUACCACGAUCCAUCCGGGACCAAUUCCACCAACUCCAGCGCUCGGACAAGUCUGUCUGGUGCCUCUGUGCCUGUCAACGAACUCAGGAGUCCCCCGUCCUCUACGGACCUGUCUGGGACCCAGGGCCGGCUCUCGUUGGAUUCUUCCGCCCCAACUGAAUACAGUAUUCCGCCCUCGGUCAACGAAGGCUACUAUCCUAGCCCGACUUCUCUCGGCAGCAUGAACCAAACCCAGCCGUAUAUGGAUGUCCACCCACACAUGUCAUCUGCUCAAUCGUACGCUCCUCAAGGCGCUACCGCAGGCGCAAUGUCCCACUAUCAAUACCACGGGCAACCCCCUGUGAUGCAGCCCGCGUCUUCUUACGCCCCGGCUGGUUACCCUCAAUAUGGAUACGCCCCUGGCGUUACUUCACCCCCAACGGGACACCCACCAAGCUCAAUGGGUGGCCAGAUGCCGGCCCAGUUGCUGCCGUUGCCUGUGAGCAACCACGCCGUGGCCCCUCCGAGUGGGUAUGGGAACAACACCGGUGCUCCGUUACAAGGGUUCGUCUUUGAUGGUACUGGUCAGGUUGCUCCUCCGGGAGCAAAGCCCCGAGUGACAGCCACAUUAUGGGAAGAUGAGGGGAGUCUAUGCUACCAGGUGGAAGCUAAGGGAGUAUGUGUAGCUCGCCGAGAGGACAACCACAUGAUCAAUGGUACAAAGCUGCUAAAUGUAGCUGGUAUGACCCGUGGUCGACGUGAUGGAAUUCUCAAAAGUGAAAAGCUCCGUCAUGUUGUGAAAAUUGGACCGAUGCAUUUGAAAGGUGUCUGGAUCCCAUUUGAGCGUGCUCUCGAAUUUGCCAACAAGGAGAAGAUCACUGAUCUCUUGUACCCGCUCUUUGUGCAUAAUAUCGGUGGUCUUCUAUACCACCCGGCCAACCAGACACGAACAAACUUAGUAGUGAAAGAUUCCCAACAGCGACGUAUGGAAGGCCUUCCCCCUGGUCCCCAACGCACGCCGUCUGGCUCUCAGCAACCCCCGAUUCAUCAUCACCACCCCUCCCUUCAGACGCCCAUGUCCUCCCACAUGUCCCAAGGCCCGAUGAGUGGCCAGCCUGGUUCCCGACCAGGCCUUGAGCGGGCCAACACCUUCCCCACACCGCCAGCCAGCGCAUCCAGCCUGAUGGGUGUCACCAAUCAAGGCAGUUCAUACGAAUGGGGUGGACAAGUGCCACACACACAGCCCUUGUCCAUCGACACCACACUGAGCAACCAGCGCUCAAUGCCAACCACCCCCGCAACAACUCCACCGGGAAACAACAUGCACGGCUUGCCAGCCUACCCAAGCCAAGGCUACGACAGCUCCAAGCCCUACUAUUCCGCGGCACCACAAACACACGCCCAAUACGCGCCGCACACCCCCUUGACUAAUUCAGGGAUGUCCAGCUAUGGCCAACCUUUGCCCGGCGGAUACAUGAAAAGCGAGAUGGCGCCACCAAACCCACGCCCUGGUGCCUCAGAGCCCGAAACCUCCGAGCGAGACCCAAACCGGUACAGCCAGAGCAAUGGGCCUGGCGAGACCGUCCCCGAGCACGAGCAGGAGUAUAUGCCAGACCAUAACGCCGGCUACAACUCUAACCGCGGCUCCUACACCUACACCACAAACCCCUCCGUCAGCUCCCUGACCGGAGAGCACUCCCAGCUCACCCCGGAGAUGACCAGCUCCCCGAGCCAGCAAAACGGCUCCGGUCGCAUGACUCCACGCACGGGCGCAGGCCCCCCUCACUGGGCUUCGGGGUAUAACACCCCUCCUCGUCCCGCCGCCACUACCCUGUACAACGCUGUCAGCGAUACGCGCGGUACCCCGGCAAACGGUGCUUCGGACCCUUACUCUAUGGCCUCGUCCACAGCCCCUGUCUACGCGACUGGAAAUGGCUCGUUGAGUGCGGGUAGCAAGCGCAUGCGCGAGGAUGACGAUAUCCGCCCCGAGAGUACCGCUGAAUACGAGACGUCGAAGCGUCGCAAGACCAUCACUGAUACCACGCUCGGUGGUCCGGUCGGUGGCCCGCCUAUCCUUCAGCCGAUGAAGCCCAGCGCGGUCAUGGCUCGUCAUCGGUGA